UGAAUGUAAACACAUCUCCAGGGAUGAAGUUUAGUUUUCUGCAUGUUCGGUGAGGUUGGUAUCCAUAAUGUCAACAUAACCUCUAGAACCGUGCAUCGUUUUCGUUGCUGUCAUCUUAACAUUUUGCGGAAAAGUGCACUAUGUCGACUGAAACUGGUAAACCUAGUCAAAAGGAUUAUCUUAAGAAAUAUCUUUCAAAGUCUACCGAUGGAAAGAAAAAGAAGAAAAAGAAGCCUAAAGGACCAGACCCGUCUCGGGCCACGGUGAAAGUCAUCGACGACGACGUAGAUCUCAGCAAACUCGAACAGCUCGAUGAGAGUGCGUUGGACUUGUACGAGCUGAAUGAAGAUGCACCCCAAAUUGUUGGGCUAGUUGACGAACGUCCUGCUGAAGUGAAGGCACUAGACCAGUACAAACAGACACAACGCUGGAAGGUAAUAGGUGACACUGAUGGGGAUGUUCGUGUGUCUUCGUCUGGAGGUUCCAAACCAACAGAUGAUGUUCCAUCUGAAGAGGAGGAAUACGACAUAAGACCGAAGGGAUCCGAGCCGAAGAGUAGUAAAAGCAGAAAUCACGAAGAUUCCUCUCCUCCUAGAAGAAGAAAAAAUGAUGAUGAUGUAUCUCCACCCAGAAAGAAGAGGCAAGAUGAUUCUGAUACAUCACCCCCUCGUAAACGUUCAGGCUAUGAUUCAGACAAGUCCCCACCUAGGCGCCAGCGUCGAGAUGAUUCAGAUACUUCUCCUCCAAGACUCAAACGCAGUUCGGAUUCAUCAAGGAGGAAGUAUGCUGAUGAAUCUAUGACAUUGUCACGGAAGAAACGUGACAGUGAUUCAGAUGUUUCACCUCCAAGAAAAAGGAGACAAAAUGACUCUGAUGCUUCUCCUCCUCGGAAGGGUCGACAUAAUGACUCUGAUGCAUCGCCUCCAAGGAAAGGUCGACAAGUAUCACCAGCCAGAAGAAGAAGAAAUAGUGAUUCGGAUGCUUCACCUCCGAGGAAACAAAAACCAAACCGAGGAGGUGAUCACGUAACUCAGAAAAAACAUAGAUAUGAUUCAGACACCUCUCCUCCAAGAAAAACUAAAGGAGAAUCUAGGAUGGAGGAAGAGAGAGACAGAAAACAGGAUGGGAAAAUGAAGAAAACAUUAGAUGGCAAGCGAGCUGGGCUUCAAGAUCCGAAACAUGUUAAAGAAGAGUUGAUGGAACUGAAAAGACGAGAAGACAGGGCAUUUGAAGAGAUGGAUGUUGCACUGUCUGGAAGAGGAGCUGUGGCAGUACAGAGAGAUAGGAAAACAGGAUUGAAGAGGGAUUUAGCACGUGAACAAGAAGAGCAGAGAAUUAAAAGUGAAGCAGAAAACAAACACAAAGAAAAGUAUAGCAGAUGGGGUAAAGGGUUGAAACAGACAGAAGACCAGCAGGAUCGCCUUGCUGCUGACAUGCAUGAGAUGUCAAAACCCCUGGCACGGUAUGCUGAUGACACAGACUUAGACAGUUAUCUUCGUGAACAGGAUCGUGAAGGAGACCCUAUGCUUGCUUAUUUAAGAAAUAAGAAGAAAGAGGAUUCAAAAUCAAAGCUUCCCUUGUAUCAAGGGGCCUUUCCUCCAAAUCGCUAUAAUAUUCGACCUGGCUAUCGGUGGGAUGGUGUUGAUCGAUCAAAUGGAUAUGAAAAGAAGAGGUUUGAAGCAAUCAAUGCUAAGAAAGCAGUGGAAGAGGAGGCCUACAAGUGGAGUACGUCUGACAUGUAAUGCUACAGGUGCUCUGAAGGAAAACAAAAUUAAAUAUGAAUCAAUUUUA